AUGGUCAGCUCGCUAUCCUUCAGACCCGUCAGUAGCAUUCGCGAACAGCAGCACGCUUCCCCACGCCUGCCGAGCAUCAACACCACACCUUGUCUUCCAAGCUCUUCCAACAUCGGCAACCCUUCACCACGCUUUGGCUCUAUCACUGGCGCUUGCAGCGAACGUCCUGCCGACACGUCUUCAUCAGAGCAACGUCUCAGUUCACCGCCAGCUGCCUCGACGCGCUCAUCCGAGACAUCGUUCGACCGCCAUUCUGUCUCGAGCUUGGGUCAACGCUCCAUCAGCACUGUGGCAACCUUGGCGUUCUCACACGACAUCGAGCCUCUCCCACCUAUCACUUCACUCGGCAUAGCCAAGACAGAUCUCGUCCCCCCCCGUAUCGGCUCGACCAAAGCCGCAGCUUUCACCAUGAACCCUUCCGAAAAGGCAGAUUUGGUCGCCCGCCGCGUCUCGCCGCCUUCCGCAUCGCUACGUCGACCCGCCUCGCCAGCCGGUCGGAUUUCGAAUCACUCCGCAGAGUGGGAUAUUCACUCGGACCGAGGCAGCCCUCGUAUUGCUGGUCGACGAUCAGGCCCACCACUCCCAGCUGCUUCCGUUCCUUAUGCUCGCGGAUACGCAAGCAGCCCUCGGGACACAUACCGCGAAGCUGCUUACCGCGACCCGCGCGAACUUUCUCCACCGACUGCAUCCUCGGGACUCAAACGCAAGCCUAGCAUCUCGUCCGAUAUCGGCGCUCGGCGGGCUCCGCCUGAGCGCGUCGAAAGGAACGGCAGCGCUUGGCAUACUACGCCAGACUAUCCUUCUCGCGCUGCUGCUUACGCAGAAGCCGAUUACUAUCGAGCGCGAGGACGCGGCGAGACUCCCGAGCGCACUUAUCACAGCGCGUAUUCGCGAGAUGCAGCCUACGCAACCCACUACGCAGACCCACGUAUGGAAGAUCCACGCUACUCGCCCCGCCAUUCCUACCCUACUUCACCGUCGACCUCGCGCACCGCCUAUCGUAGCGGCGCGCACGACACAGCGGCACCAGGCGGCCACCCGUAUGCACCCGUCUCGCGCCGAUCCGAUCGAUACAGUCCUGCAUCUCUGCCUCGUUCGCCUUCUUACGCACCACGCCAAGCGCUUCCACCGCCGCAAGCACCGCCACCGCCGCAUGACCCGUACAGUCGCAGCGCACCUCACUCGUCAUACCUUCGAAGGCCAUCGCCUCCUUCGUAUAUAUCCGACACGCGCCCGGUGCUUCCGCCUCUUUCGUCUCGUGCAACUGCGCCACGCUAUCCGGCAGCGCCUGCGGCCCCUGCACAUGCGUCGCGCAGCUCUCGGUACACACCGCCAUCCAUGGAUCCGAUGGCUCACUCGGACAGGCUGAGCGCAUCGCCAGAGCCGCACGGCUAUCCGGAGCCGUUUUACCCGGAUCGACGACUAUACUUUGCGCGCGAACGCAUUCAAGAUGCAGAGAUGGACGAGUACUACCAUGGACCGCUUGGGUCUGCUGGUGGCGCAGGAGGCAAGGUGCGGUAUGGCGAUGCGUACUACGAUGCGUACGGACCGGCGCCUGGAGGGGCGUACGCACCGGCUGGCGCUCAUGCUGGCGGCCAAGCUGGCAAUGGUGGAGGGCGGAUGGCUUCGCCUGGGGUGGCGCCGAUGGGUGCGCACACAGGAGCACGACAUGCUGCCGAGGCUCGGUACGCGGGCGCAUACAGUGGUGGAGAAUACAUGCAAGAUGCACGCGACAUGCACGCGCACGCUGGUGUGCCGAGGAUGGGUCGGGCGGGCGGCGUGAUGCCCAUGGCUGCGGCUCAUGUGCCACCGGGACCUGCAGCAGGUAUUGCUCCCCCACCACGUAGACGAGGGAAGCUGCCGAAACCGGUUACGGAUCUGCUCAAGACGUGGCUGCUGGAACAUGCCAGUCAUCCUUACCCAACCGAAGACGAAAAACGAUCUCUGUGCAGUAUGACAGGCCUCACUUUGUCGCAGGUCUCGAACUGGUUCAUCAACGCGCGUAGAAGAAUUCUGCUCCCCGCAGGCGCAAAUGGCAGCCCAGCAACUUCGACCGCUGCACAGGUUAAGGCGGCUUUCAGAGACGAUUCAAAUAGUCCAGAGGCUUAG